AUACUAUGAUAAAAGGUUAGCCUUACUUAGAUAUGUCAUUGUAAUGUGUUGACGAUCAUUUGCUUUUGCUAAUAAGACAAACAUACUUCCAAAUGUAAUGUGAUCCAAAUAGUUGACUGGUCCGUGCAUUCACAGAAGCAGCCUUUAUCCAGUCUGCCAUCCCGGAAGCGGAGGAAUUUGGGGGUUGGGUUAGAGAAACAUAGCAGGUCCGCGUGCGGUAGAGAAAGACCGCACGGAUACAAACACACACACCGCGUAACAAAAUACCGAAGACGUGACCUCAAACUACACGGAUACAACCACCAUAAACAUCGCUUCGGAAUGGAUAAGCGUCAAAGACAGUAGUCUCGGGUGGGACAGAGGAGGAUGGGCGCAGAGUCCUGGUGUCGGUGUAGAUGUCUCUCGGUCGGCUCUUGCGACGCGCCUCCUCCAAGGCCUCGGACCUCCUGACCUUUAACCCAGGGUCGGCGGGGUCGCGGAACAGCUUGGACGGAGAGAUCAUCUUCUCCAAGAACAAUGUGUGUGUGCACCCUGCCGAGCCCCUGCCGGGCCUGCCCGAACACCACCCAGGAUACCUGUGUGUGCACAUGGAGAAGGAUGAGAGCCUGGGAACCACUCUGAUCCUAACCUGGGUUCCCAACUCCCGCAUCCAGAAACAGGACGAGGAGGCCCUGCGUUACAUCACCCCAGAGAGCUCACCUGUCCGCAGGAACGCUCGGCGCAGGCCCCGCAGGCCCCACUCCCGACACCCUCCCGCCCAGGAGGAAGAUGAGGACCGGGAGGAGGAGGAGAGGAUCGGGAGCGGAUCUGGGAAUGGAGGGGGCCUGGGUCUGGAGGCCAGCAUAGAGCCCCCUCCUCCCCAGCAGCAGCAGCCCCAGUCUGGGGGGGAUGAGGGGGAUGAGGGGUCCUGUGAGCUGUCGGCUGACGAGGUGAGCAGGGACAGCACCAUGGGCUCGGAUUCGGACACCACCUUCUCCUCACCCUUCUGCCUGUCGCCCGUCAGCGAGUCCCUCUUUGAGAGCAGCGGCUCUGUGUUCCUGGACAACGAGAGCAGGGAGCUGUGCGACGAGUCCAUGACCCAUUCUGCUAGCUCCGCCUCCAGCCUGGACAGCCACGCUCCCUCUGAGAACAACAGCCAAUCACAGGGCAUGCGGUGGGAGGAACAGCAGAAGGUGCUGGCGUUGGAGCAGCUGGGGGGAGUGUUCCGGGUCGACCUGGGUCACAUGAGGUCGCUCCGCCUCUUCUUCAGUGAUGAGGCGUGUAACAGUGGUCAGCUGGUGAUUGCCAGCAGAGAGAGCCAGUAUAAGGUCCUCCACUUCCACCACGCAGGUCUGGACAAGCUGGCUGAGAUCUUCCAACAGUGGAAGUGCUGCAGAGAGACCCAGCUCAAAGACCAGGUAGUGGAUGAGAAGUCAUGUAUGCAGUUCUCCAUCCGGAGGCCCACCCUGCCGUCCGCUGAGACCCACCCAGAGGAGCGUCUGUACCGCCGCCUGGACGUCACCACCUGGCUCCGACACCUCAACCACAACGGACAGGUGGAGGAGGAGUACAAGCUACGCAAGGCCAUCUUCUUUGGGGGCAUUGACCCUUCCAUCCGCGGGGAGGUGUGGCCCUUCUUACUGCACUACUACAGCUGUGACUCCUCCUCCCAGGAGAGAGAGGCCUGGAGACUGCAGAAACGCUCCGAGUACCACGACAUCCAGCAGAGGAGGUUGUCUAUGAGUCCUGAGGAGCACAGUGACUUCUGGAGGAAGGUUCAGUUCACCGUGGAUAAGGACGUGGUGAGGACAGACCGCAGCAACCACUUCUUCAGGGGAGAGAACAACCCCAAUGUGGAGAUCAUGAGGUGUGUGCUGCUGAAUUACGCGGUGUUCAACCCAGAGAUGGGCUACUGCCAGGGCAUGUCUGACCUGGUGGCCCCCCUGCUGACCGAGGUGCAGGACGAGAGUGACACGUUCUGGUGCUUCGUAGGCCUGAUGGAGAACACCAUCUUCAUCAGCUCUCCCCGCGACGAGGACAUGGAGAGACAACUGAUGUACCUGAGGGAGCUGUUGCGUCUGAUGCUGCCCCGGUUCCACCAGCACCUGACCCAGCUGGGGGAGGACGGGCUCCAGCUGCUCUUCUGUCACCGCUGGAUCCUGCUCUGCUUCAAACGGGAGUUCCCCGACACAGAGGCCCUGCGUAUGUGGGAGGCCUGCUGGGCACACUACCAGACGGACUACUUCCAUCUGUUUGCGUGUGUGGCCAUCAUCGUGCUGUACGGUGAUGACGUGACGGAGCAGCAGUUAGCCACCGACCAGAUGUUGCUCCACUUCAGCAACCUCUCCAUGCACAUGAACGGGGAGCUGGUGCUGCGCAAGGCCCGUAGUCUACUCUACCAGUUCCGUCUGUUACCCAGAAUCCCGUGCAGCCUCCAUGACCUGUGUAAGCUGUGCGGUCCAGGGAUGUGGGACAGUCGCUACAUCCCGGCCGUGGAGUGUUCCGGGGAGCACCCCGACUCCCAGAGCUGCCCCUAUGGAGGCACAGCCACCCCCCAGCCCUCCCCGUCGCCCUCCCCCUCACCCAACCCCACCCCACUCCCCGAGGGCAAGAGAGGCUGCAAGACCAGAGACAUCUUCAUGUUUCGGAAGCAGUCCUGAGUUGAAAUAGGGGGGAGGGAGACAACGGUGCUAACUGUAACUGUUGAGUCGAUCAGGAGCUGCAGUACCACUUUUCUGCCACUAGGAUUCCCAACAUACUGUAUGUGCUUCUCUCUGAUACUUCUCUUCACACUCUCCCCCUUUUCACAAUCUCCAUCUUAUUAAAGGGAUUUUCCACCUGAUCCUUUUGUCCGGUGUGACAUGGAACACUGCCUUAUAAGAAUGUAUAUUUAUUUGGAACAUUCAGUACCACAGACACUUGGCACUACGGUUCCCAUGAAGAAGAAGAAGCUGCUCUGCUAUUGGAGGAGAUUGGACAAUCAUCACUCUGUGUUGGACUGUAACCGUUCAGGGUCCACACUGUGGUCUAAGGUUGCUGGACUGGAUUCAAGGUGACUCCAACGGUCAGAUACUGACUUGAGGUGUGUUGUCGUACUUUGAACUCCAUCAAAAGGUUUUCAUAUGCUGACAAUGGAAUGUUUGUGUGAAUAAUGGAAUUAUAUAUUAUCUCAGCAUAUUGCAAUCAGGCUGAAGCCUUUUAACACUACACACUUAUAAACCUCCAUCAACCAAGAGGCAAGUUGUCAUUUCAACUGUCAGUAAGUUGAAAUAUUGUUACUUUUCAAAUCAUAUAUUUUUUCCGUUCCCUUCAAAGAGGGAGUGUGUGCAUCUGUGGGUUUGCGAUUUACAAUAUUUAGCAAUAUAGUACGAUUAUAUCCUUGCAUGAGCAACCCUUUAAGUAUAGAGGGCACAACCUGUUUAGCGAAUAACACAAAGCCCAAAACAGAGGUAUGUAGGAAACUGUUUCCACAACAAGUUUUCUACAAACAUCCUAAUCAGAUUCUUGUUCAGAAACCUGUUCAUGUUUUCUCACAUUAUCAGAUGACACUGCCUGUCAGGCAGAAGGAAGGUGGGAUUUCAUUUAUCUUUGAUAAGAGGGGAUAUGAAUAAAUAUGGCAUCUAUCAAAGCAAUGGGGAUUAAAAAAAUCAAAAUUAGACUAGAUGUAGAGUUUCAAAAAUAUGCGUUGAUGGUUGUGGAUAUCACACCAUUACCAGUACAGUUUGGUCAGCUAGCUACAUAUCGAAUACGAGGCAGGAUAUUAGACAAUGUGUUUGUAAGUUUACUUUUAAGUUUGUUUUUGUUAAAUAAUGUGAGACAGGGCGGUUGUGUAUACGCUCAACAGUGUUUUUGUUUUUUCAUAUCUAGAAACACAUUGACCUCCACCUUGACCUCCAAGUGAAUGAACACCACCAUUGUUGUCACUGCACUAAACAAUAUUAUAAUCAUUUGAUUUGUACAGCACAGCUUCAAUCAAAUACAAUGAAAUCUCAAGGUUCUUCACCUGCACCAACCAAGUGAAUGUGUCCAUAUGAAUGUAUACACUUUGUUGCUUUCUGUUCUCUUGACUGUUUAUUUCACGUGUGUGUGUGUGUGUGUGUGUGUGUGUGUGUGUGUAAACGGCAGUGACCUCCCAACAUCUGGUAAUGAGUUGGGGAGCAGCCACCAAUAGGCCUCCACUGACUGAUCUCAAUUACACAACACAUCACAGAGAGAGAGAGAGAAAGGGGGAGAGCGGGCGAAAGAGAACCCGACCUGGUCCAAAUACUAUUUGAGCUAAUUUUCAAUGGUUUAUUUGUGGUUGAGUGAGCUUGCCUGGUUGAAUAAUGGGCCAAUAGACUAGUCCAAAAAGGCAGGCAGACGACACCAAAAGCUUAAAGUAUCUGAAAGAUUUUAAUGAUUUCAUUUGUAUUUAUUUCCCAGAGAACUGUCAAGGCCUAUCAAGUGAAGUGUUGAGAUCUGCAUGUUUCCUGUAAUCUGUGAGUUCUCACGGUGGCGAGGGUUCUGGGGGUGGGUGUUAGAGUGCCACUCCUGGGGGAAAAACAUCUUCAAAUUGCCACUAAAAGGUAACAUUAGGAUCUUCAAGCUGCUUCCCCUCUCUCUCCUGCUCAACAUGCAGUCUCUGCAAAUGACAUGCAUUACUGGCCCCUGCGUCCAUUAGUCAUCUGUGGCUGCUGCUCGCUGAAAAAGCCUGGAGAUUUAGAAGAUUGUACCAACCACUUUAUAAAGGGCUAACCGAUGGAUGGUAACGUGAUUUGGAAAGUAAUUGGGUGGCAAGGCGGCGGGGCUGUGUGUGUGUGUGUGUGUGUGUGUGUGUGUGUGUGUUUAUUUACUUGCUUAUCUCGAUUCUUCACCUCUUUCCAUGGACUGCUUAUCUCACAUGUUGAAACAGUUUCUGCACGUGAGUGACUGUAACAUGUCUUUGGGUUUAGCUCUAUUUAAAAACUGUUUGUGACUGAGUUAUCACUGAAUGUAAAGUUCUAUAAGGUUCUAUAAUAAUACACAGGCCACUGAGGGCCUACUGUGGUCCUAUACUGUAGUAUAGCCAACACAUACAAGACUGGCUUUCACAUGCUGGAGGGCCGUGGUGAAGGCAGAAACGUCGGUGAUUUGAAAUAAAUGGUGUAAAUUGAA